AACCAAAGGUCUAGUUUGUCGUGAGGAUGAAGCACAUAGUUUGGGUGCUGGUUUUAUUUUUGUUUUUGCGCUGCUGUUCUUCUCAGACUUAUUUCCUGAACGAUAAAGAGGGCUUGGGGAGAGUUUUGGACGGAAUUGGAGGUUUGAGCGGCGGAGGGGCGACGUCUCGUUUACUUGUCAAUUAUGCAGAGCCGUACCGCAGCCAGAUUUUAGACUUCCUCUUUAAGCCAAACUUUGGAGCCUCCUUGCACAUACUGAAGGUGGAGAUUGGGGGAGACGCUCAAACUACCGAUGGAACAGAGGCGUCACACAUGCACUAUGAGAACGAUGAAAACUACUUCAGAGGGUAUGAAUGGUGGCUGAUGAAAGAGGCCAAGAAAAGGAACCCGGAUAUCACACUCAUUGGUUUACCUUGGGCAUUUCCUGGCUGGGUGGGCCGGGGUAAGAACUGGCCCUAUGACUUCCCAGACGUCACUGCAACAUAUGUGGUAAACUGGAUCCUUGGUGCCAAGAAGUACCAUGACCUGGACAUUCAGUAUGUUGGGAUUUGGAACGAGCGAAGCUAUGACGUGAAGUACAUCAAGCUACUACGCUACACUCUGGAUAAGAGUGGUCUGGAGAGUGUCAGGAUCAUAGCCAGUGACAACAUGUGGGAGCCCAUUGCCCUCUCUGUGCUGCUAGAUCCCGAGCUGGCCAGAGCUGUAGACGUGCUAGGGGCCCACUACCCAGGUACCAUCACAGUGAAGAACGCCCUUAAGACAGAGAAGAAGCUGUGGUCAUCAGAGGACUACAGCACUUUUAACGAUGAGGUGGGAGGAGGCUGCUGGGCUCGUAUCCUCAACCAGAACUACGUCAACGGGCUCAUGACUGCCACCAUCUCCUGGAACCUGGUGGCCAGCUAUUAUGCGGACCUACCGUUCGGCAGAGACGGGCUGAUGACAGCUGAGGAGCCGUGGAGCGGCAACUAUGUGGUGGAGUCCCCUAUCUGGAUUACAGCCCACACCACACAGUUCACCCAGCCAGGAUGGACCUACCUGCAAACUGUUGGACAUCUGGAACAAGGUGGAAGUUAUGUCGCCCUUACUGAUGGGAAAGGAAACCUCACUGUUGUCAUAGAAACCAUGACUCACGAUCACUCAGUGUGCAUAAGACCUCCACUCCCUCCCUUUAAUGUGACCUCUCAGAACGCAACUUUCCAGCUGCAGGGAUCCUUUGCCUCCAUUAAGGAACUCCAAGUAUGGCGGUCCCAGUUUAACUUCAAAACCAAAAAGCCCUCCUUCUUUGAGAAACUGACUCCACUGAAGCUUGUUGAUGGAUCCUUCACUUUAAACCUGGCUGAAGAUGAGGUUUACACAUUUACUACAAUUACAACGGGACAGAAAGGCAGUUACCCCGACUCGCCUCCCUCUGCUCGCUUCCCUAAAGUCUACAAGGAUGACUUUAAUGUUCGAAACCCUCCCUUCUCCGAGGCUCCAGACUUUGCUGACCAGACGGGGGUGUUUGAGUAUUACAUCAACAUGACUGACCCUGGACCUCACGUCUUCACAUUAAGACAGGUUCUGACUGAGAGACCCGUCACAUGGGUGGCAGAUGCUGACCAGACCAUCAGUGUCAUAGGAGACUAUCAGUGGCAGAACCUGACUGUUACAUGUGACGUCUUCAUGGAGAGCGUUCAGACUGGAGGGGUGUUCAUAGCAGCCAGAGUGGAUAAAGGAGGUGGCGAUAUCCGCGGUGCUAAAGGAGUCUUCUUCUGGGUGUUUGCAGACGGCACAUACAAAGUUACCAAUGAUCUUGCUGGACAGACUGUCCUUGCAGAGGGAAAGUCUGGUACCCGGGCUUACGGUUGGCACACCUUAUCACUCACUGUGAACGGUCAGUAUGCUGCAGGGCUGCUGAAUGGAUACCCACUGUGGAAGAAUGCCGUGGUAUUGACACCAAAGAAUGGCUGGGCUGCUGUAGGAACACAUUCAUUUGAACUGGCUCAGUUUGAUAACUUUGCUGUGGUGGCAGAGUAUUGAUUUUAACUAUGAAACAAGGAUUUCAAAAAUGCUGUGAAUAUUUUAAGCAAAUUUUUAAUAAUUAAUGAAGUAAUGCUUGAAUGAAUACUUGAGUGUCCUAACUACAGAUGUGAUUUUCUUGUUGUUGUUUUGCUCUAUUAAGAUUGCACAAAAAAUGUAUAACACAUUGCUUACCUUGCAGUGUGCUGUCUACUGUAAUUGUAAAUAAUUUUCUACUGUUUUUCAUGGAAUAAAGGGAUUUUAAAAUUA